AUGAAUGCUUGGCUUGCCGACGCUUCCAAUAUUCCUGGCCAGGAAAAUGGCGCCUUCCAUCCAUCCACUAUAGACCCCUCUACUGCUUUCCUCCAUGGAUCUCCGACCCCCCAGGAUCCAUCGCAAUUCCAGCGCAUGUUCAAUGGUGUGCCGCGGAAUGCUUCGCCGGGUUUCCACAACCCGAAUCAAGUCAUCCCAUCCAAGCGAGGGCGCCCAGAAGAUGGCAUGCCCAUGUCACCUAGGCCCGCGCCAGGUGGUGUGACAGGGUCGCGAUCCCAGACCCCUCACCAGGUGCCAUACCCUGGCUACCAAGGUCCGGCCAAUGGCAAUGCACAGUUCCAGCAACACCCUACGCCCUACCAGCACCUCCAGCAAGCUUCUCCUAAUGUCACCCAGUCGCCAAUCAUGCAAGACUUCGAUCAGCAAAGUGUUCGCAUGGGAACCGCGUCCCCAAGCCCCUUCUCGCCAGCCGGCCCGCACCCUGGACCCCACAUGUCUCCCUCCCAGUCGGAUCAUGGUAGCCGUGUAAAUACGCCGCAAAAUGCCAACUUCAUGCAACCGCAACAGUUUGGUGGUAUGCCGCAAGGUCCUGGUCCUGGGAUGACCUCAGCUGCCCCUCAGCCCUCGAUGCAAGCACCGCAGUUUGCUGGCAUGUCACAAGUAGGCUACCAGCAGGCGCUGGCGAACCAGCAGCAGCGCUUACACGCCUUGCAACAGCAGUCACAGUCGCGUAUGAACCCCAAUCCUGCAUUGGCUGCGCGGCAAGGUCCAGUCGGUAUGAACCCGAUGGCCAACCCCCAGCAGCAGAUCGGACAAAUGAGACAGAUGCCACCGAACAUGCAACCAAAUGCUCCAAAACAACCUAGCAACCCAGAAGGAUUUAUCCGGUCAUUGCAGAAAUUCAUGAUGAGCCAAAAUCUUCCUUUGGACCCCAACCCCACUGUCAGUGGUCGCCCAAUCAACUUGGUUCAACUCUAUGGCACGAUCAUAAAGAUGGGAGGAUCAAAAAAGGUCACCGCCACGAACAUGUGGCCUGCAGUGGCGCAUUCACUGGGCUUCCCUCAGGUUCAAUAUCCCACAGCCGCCCAAGAGUUCCAAACCCACCACACAAGGAAUUUGGCUCCUUACGAACAAGCUUUCCUCAACUCCCAACAAAGAUCAGCUGAAAUGCAGCAACAAGGCGGCAUGCCUCGCCCGCCCGGCCAAUUCCAGUCGCCUGCGCCGAAGCUCAACACAGGGUACGAUCAACCGCAGCAGCCAAUGGCACAGUCCCCGCAAAAUAACACCCCUGUGCACAAUCAAAAUCCUGGGAACCCAGCCAAUGGGUUUGCCACACCCACACAUGCCCGGAGCCAAAGCAGGCCAGUCCAGGCCGGCCAUAGAUCGAGUCUCUCGCGCCCAUCGCAAACGCCAAUCCCACCGACGGAACCUGCAACGGGCCAAUUCCCAACGCCAUCUCCUGCUCCAUCCGGCAAGGAUGUGACUCCAGGCCCUGGUCAGUCACAACCACCGGAGCAAAAGCUCGAGCCUUUCGUGAAGCGACCUAUCGAGGAAACCUUCAAGCCUAUGGUGUUGACAGGAAGUCGUAUGCAUGGACCCAUUGUGGUUGAUGAGAUGUUCCAGAUUGGCGAGGAUAUCACCAGACUUAAACCAGACGUACCCGCAUUCGCUGAACUUGGGGUCGUGGAUAUUCACGCACUGACAAUGGGCCUCCAGUCUGGAAUCACUGCAGAGAUCCGGGUUGCCCUCGACACACUUACCACUCUCUCUGGCGAACCAACUGUUCAGAUCUCCUUGGAAAACUGUGAUGACUUGGUUGAGAGUUUGAUUGAUUGCGCCGAAGAUCAGGCUGAGAUGCUUGCACAGCACACCGUCGAAUUGACGGAUGCUAUGACUUUACGAUCCUAUGAUGAGAUCACACGGGACUGCCAGCUUGAAAACACCUCCCUCACAGAUACCUCCCCCUUCGGGAGUCUCGAUUAUGAAUUGGACCGAGCCGUGGAUCGACUCAUCUGUAUCACCACCAUUCUACGAAAUUUCUCAUUCAGCGAGACAAACUUCCUUCCCCUCGGCAUCCCGCCUGUUGCCCAAUUAUUUGCCUCGGUCUUCCGUUACAUGGGCACUCGAAAGAACUUCCUACGCACAAGCCACAACACUUUGGACUUCAUGAAAGAUGCAGUGAUCUUGCUGAGCAACUUAGCCCACGUUGUCCAGAUUCCCGGCAAAGAGGAGGCUUUGAGUUUAUUGACGUUUUUGCUUGCAUUCUCGCCAGAGCCUGAGCCUAUCUCAUCAUCUGGCAAAGUGAUGUUCACUGCGUUCAACUCCGCCGUCGAUCGUUACACUCCAGCAGCCGUUGAUGGCCUCGCGAAGAUGCUGGCAAGGGACGAUCCAAACCGAACUUACUUCAAAGCUAUCUUCUCAGGCGAUGGGUCCACUUCACCCCAACCUGAAUUGUUGACUCGCGCCUUCGGCCUUGCUAUCUCCUGUGUCCCCGACAAAAAGCCCAUGGCAGUUGUGGAUGCGCGCAAGGUUUUCUUGAUGCAAGGUCUCUUGUCGGCUGAUGUGCUCACCACCUUCGCGGACGGAUCUCUCGCCAAACAGUGGCUUGAGUCGGUUGAUGGGUUUGCCGUUCAUCUCCUGCGACUUUCUUGUGCUCUUUGCACGGAGCGUAUCCCCCAAAUCAAUAUUCGCCAGAGGGGCCCAGCCGAAGCCGAUGCGUAUGCUUUCAGCUCAAUUGUGAACCGCGGCCUGGGAAUCCUUCGCCGCCUCGCCGAAAAGUCCAAGCAAAUCGACAAUACCUCCCCCCUCAACAUUCCAUCGGGAAUUCUUCCCAGGAAAGAGAGCCUUUUGGGCGCACUGCUCCUUCCAAACAUCGAUGGAGGCGUUGUUCGCCAACUUCUCACCUACGCUCGGUUGGCGGAGUAA